UAAAUUCCCAAAACAUGUCGAAUGGACCCCCUUGAUCAUCCACGUGGUACACAUUGCCAUGUCGGAUCAUCGUAAUUAACAUGUCCACACCUCCAAAAGAAACGCAAAGUGCGUCUUCGCCACGCGCCUUGCCUACAAAGGCUUCGUCCUUCGAAAUCAUUUAGGAAAGCUACGUGUCCACUGCCCAUUGGGACCCACUAUUUUUUGCUUAAUUUUCAAUCCGGCACGGUGGCCGGCCUCGCGUGGUUGUCCAUGAGCUCAACUCAAAGAGGCUUUAUUUUAUUUGAUAAAAAAUUAAACUCACAAAACCAAAAUAGGAAUGGUUUUAUAUUAACAUUUUCCCUUUUAUUUUAUCCAUUGACAUGGAGUAGUUGUCUGCAAAACGAAGACAACAAAAAAACAGCUUUUGAUCAGAACAACCGUUGCCUGACACUUGCAGUUGAUCACGUUCGCAGUGUCAAUCUCCGUAUGGGUAAUGCAAACGGAAGAGAAGACGGAGCUAAUGGCGGCAUCGACGAUCUCUCUGGAAGAUCCAAUGGCCGAGAGCCGGUCGUUCGUGGAGUAGCCACCGCUGCAGUAGCAGCUCGCGUGCCAUCGUCUGAUUCAAUGGCGAAUAGUCCGCCGCAGAGCCCUCGCCGGUCUCGAUCCCCUCUUUUGUUCGCUCCUCAGGUUCCUGUAGCUCCUUUACCAAGGGGUGAUGGCCAUUCCUUUUUCAACCAAAUUUGGCGGCAUGAUUCUCCUGGGGUUGCUGAUAGUCCUUCUGAGAAAGGAAUCCCUGUCAUUAUUACAUGGAAUUAUGGUGGUAAUGACGUGGCAGUGGAAGGUUCGUGGGACAAUUGGAGAUCAAGGAAGACAAUGCAGAGAUCUGGUAAGGACCACUCAAUUCUUUUGGUCCUUCCAUCUGGCAUAUACCAUUACAAGUUUAUUGUCGAUGGUGAAUGGAGAUAUUCGCCUGAUCUGCCUUUUGUAGCUGAUGAAAUGGGCCACGUUUGUAAUCUUCUUGACGUUGAUGACUAUGUACCUGAAAAUCUGGAUAGCGUAAGUGAGUUUGAGGCUCCAGGAUCUCCAAAUUCCAGUUAUGGUCAGGCACUUCCAACGGAGGAAGACUUUGCAAAGGAGCCAGCUCUAGUUCCAUCCCAGCUACAUCUAACCGUCCUUGGUACUGAUAACCAAGAUGUAGCAUCAUCCUCGAAGCCUCAACACGUUGUACUAAACCACCUUUUCAUAGAGAAAGGAUGGGCAUCACAGUCUGUUGUUUCCUUGGGAUUGACCCAUAGGUUUGAGUCCAAAUACGUGACUGUCGUACUCUAUAAGCCACUGAAAAGUUUUUCUCCAGCUUUAUAAACUGAAGUGGCAGUUGAUGUGUAAAAGCAAUUAGGUAAAACCUUUACUGGACACUUGAUCCAACCAAGGAGAAGAGCAAAAACAAAAGUUGAUUCGGAAUCAGACAUAGAACAUAUAUCUCAUGAGGCAAGACUGCACACUACUAGCAGCAAGCUUACAUUUACUUCAAACAGGGCUCAAACCUGUGGGUUGCCAAGACGUAUGUGGUCAUAGAAGGAAAAAAUAUUAGUGCAAGCAUUGAGAUGUACAGGUUUCUUAUAAGAAAACUAGUUUGGAAAUGAGAAUAAUCCCUAUAAAUGAAAGCAUUAGCUGUAGCUUUUCCGUUAGAACGUGCUCUUAG